GACGAAACACUACGGGAAGUUAUCAAUCACCUGUCGGCGGUUAGGCAAGCGGUUUGUCCGCAACCAUCAGGCGCAAGGUGCAGUUCACUAUGAGCAAGCGAUAGUGCGUUGGAACCAUGCUCGAAAAGGACGGUCACGAUCACUAUCGUUACGACACGUACGCACCGCUGAUGAAGUCCGCGACCAUGAAGGGCGUCAAGGCGGUCCACUGCACCAGCGAAACGAGCACCGUGCUCAAGGGUGGCACACACACCACGAUGACCAAGCACAGCACCACGAUCCACAGCAAGGACGGUACGGCCAAGUCCCGGUGCUGUUCCUGCUGCUCCAGCCGGGGCAGUUCCACCUUCUGGGCCGCGCUACUGACAAACAUUGGUGUCUGCACGCUGCUGCUGGCGUACACGCUGCUAGGUUCGUUCAUAUUUCUGGCAAUCGAAGGUGGCGCAUCCCAGAUGCAGCAGCGCACGCUAGCGUCGACCAACCGGCACCAGAAGCAACAGCCACCGGCCAACAACCAUCACGGACGGCAUGAUACGGCAAAUCUUACCUUUCCGCAGUUAAUCCUGCUGGAAGCGGUCGAGGCACGCCAGAAGACGGUGGAAAACAUUUGGGAUAUUACGGUAUCGUUGAACAUUCUGUAUCGGGAAAAUUGGACGCGUUUGGCAUCGAUGGAGAUUGCCCGGUUCCAGGAGCAGUUUGUUAACAGACUGCUGGAGGAGAUGACACAGAUCAACAAUAUGCAGCACGCGGUCACGAGCGGUGGCGUCCACGAUCCCGGGCACGGACAGGAUAACAAUUGGACGUUCGCACGUGCAUUCCUCUACUCGCUAACCAUUUUGACGACUAUUGGUUAUGGCAGUGUGGCACCGCGUACCGUCCUGGGGCGGAUGAUAACGUUGGCGUAUGCCGUGCUGGGCAUACCGCUGACACUGGUCUACCUUUCCAGUACCGGUGGCAUGCUGGCGAAAGUUGCGCGCGGAGUAUUUUCCAGAGUUCUUUGCUGCUGUUUGUGCUCGAACUGUGGCUACUGCUGUUACGAUGAGAAGCGCAUGGAGGAGAAGGAAAAGCGCAUGAAGCGGAAGCGGCAACAGAUGGAAAUGCAGCAGCAGCAGCAUCUCACCAUAUCCGGCCAGGAACCGUACUACGUCCGUUCCGGUUCGCUGCAAACCAGUGUCAGCUCGCCGGAGAAACAGCUCACCAUGUUGGGGCCGGCAAUAACCACACCGGACCGCGACUCGACCGCCGGCAGCACCGACAGUGAGUCGCGGGCGUCCAUGCACGGGCUCAGCAUACUCGCACCGAUACUGCUGUGCGUGGCGAUGAUGUCGAUCUACAUAGUGGUCGGUGCGCUGACACUGUUCCGGCUCGAAUCGUUACCCCUGUCCGAUGGUGUGUACUUUUGCUUUAUGGCACUGUCCACGAUUGGGUUUGGGGCGCUAGCGCCCGGCACGCGCCGCGAAUCGACCGCCACCACGUGGUUCUGCUCGGGCUACAUCAUGGCCGGUAUGGCACUGACUGCCAUGUGCUUCAACGUGCUGCACGACGAAAUACUGCACCGGUUGCGGCACAUGGUGGAGAUGCAGAAGGAGAUCAAGAACCACAACGAGCAUCGCCGGUUUCUCGCCUCAUGACGGUACGAGAAGAACACCAACCUGUACCAACGGAAUCCCACCGAGGAAACCCUUAUUACCGGUACACCGACGUCAGUUAUUUUCGCACAGGAACCGGAUUUGGGCCAGCUGCAUCUGCAGCACGAUUGCCACUCGGUGCACCAUACGGUCGGGCACGAGCUCAUACCGAUCGUAACGAUGGCACCGAACGGCCCCGGUCCGGGCCUGUCAUCGGAGCUGCUGGACCGUGGCCCACCCGGGCUGUCGGACGUUGUUCCCGGCGGUCCGUCAAUGAUGCAUCCGGCAGGUGAACAGACCGCUGUACCGCACGGACUGGCAAUG